CCGUCCCCCCAAGGAACGACCAUGCAACGCCACCAUCCUCGACGUCGUCGUCAUUAUCCCAUAUGAUUUUUCGAAUCAGUUCACUUCUCGUCUUGGCAAGGUGAGGGACGCUGUUGAGUUCAUUUGUCGGACGAUUUUCAGACCUGGUACUGGUAGUGAUAACACACUAUUUUCAAAAUAGAUAUGAAGAAGGUGGUGAAAGUAUCUAAUCUACUGGAACUGAUUCUCACACUCCGAUUCGAUCCAUAUGCAUAAGAUAAAGACAAAAAAAGCAUCGAAUAUCGAUCGAACUAAAGACCCCGUGUAAGUAUAUAAAUAGAAACUAAAAAACCAGUUCCAGUCAGUCUAAGAAGAAGAAAAGACAAAAGCAUGAAGAAAACCUGAACGAAGGCUACCGUCGACGUCGUGGUCCAGUUGUGUGGUUUGUGUAGUGGGGUAAAAAAAGGUACCACUACCAACUAACCAAGGGUUCUCCUCGGACUACUUACAUUUUCAUUGUUGACCACUGCCUGCAUGUGAGGAAAUCGUCAUCGCCCAAGGGUUUAAAGGGUUCGUGAAUAGGAAUUCGUACGAAGUUCAUUCAGAAGACGUUUCUCUCUCUCUCUCAAAGGCAGGACGGGUUUCGACAAAACCAAGAAUGAAACGACACCAGUAGUUGUUGGACAAAGGCAGUGAAUUCAACGUCCCCUCCCGCUCCUCUCUCUAGUCGUCAUUUUAUUAUUCUGCAGAAUUUUUGCGUGAAAAGUUACUAAAGUUGCGUAAUCCGAGUACAUACAUAAGUGCAACUACCCCAUAACGGAAAUAAGUACGUGCAUAAAUACUAACAACGCGACGAAUGUACAUUAGUGAAUAAUAAAAGUGAGCAACAAGUGGUCAUUCUAAACGAAAUAAAAUCUACAGACACUCAAUUAUUCAGAUUCAAUGCCGAAUAGUUUCACAUAGAGAUCUAACUUUACUAUACAUAUUUCCCCGCAAUUAGAUCUAUUCAACCCAGUUUUUUUGAUUGGAUCAAUCCCCUCCUGACAUAACGAAAUCAGAUAAAGUUACCCACUCUUCUGAUUGAUUGACAACUUGUUUUAUGUUACUAAUCACCACCUAGUCUACGGAAUCAUCAUCAUCAUCAUCUCUCUCUCUCUCCCCACUACAUUAAUACUUCCUGCCCAAAUGAACAAUAAAUACCCCAAAAUGUCCGAGUCAUCCAAACUGAAGCAUUCCUACUCCUUGACAUCCUUAUCGACUCGCUUCCUCAAUGGUAACAGCCUUCACAAUGGCCAUCAUACUGCCCAUCACCCUCCGCCGCAUCAUGUUACCUCCUCAUCCUCCGGUGGUCUCGGACUCUCGAACGGCAACCAACAGCAUAAUCAUCAUCAUCAAAAUCAUCACCACCAGUCCAUGCUGAUGCCUCCUGGAAAUAAUAAUAAUAAUGCCCACGUAACCAAAGACUCUCUCGACAACAUGGAAGGAGGAAGUGAUGGCGAUUACGGAUUCCUCUCCUUCCGCGAUCAGCCAGAUUUCCGAGAUUCCUCCUCCACAUUAACGAACGGAACUUGCAGCUCAAAACCUUCCGGGCUUUUAAGAAACUCCAGCUUUUACUCGACCUCCACCUCAUACCUGAAUCUUUCCAAUGGCGGAUCAAACUCCAAUUCUUCCUUUACGACGACGACCACGACGCCUGCACGCUUGCAACAUCACCAUCAACAACAACCUCCCCUCUCAAUUAGUCAGAUGCAACAUUUGCAGCAGCCGCAUGGUCAUAACAAUAAUAAUUCUUCAUCAUCUCUCCUUCUUAAUGGAAUGAAUGGUGUUAACACACCUGGAGGACUAAGCACAACAGGUCGGGUAGGAUCGGCCUCAAUAAAUACCAAGCAACAAAAGUGCACCACAACUGGUUCUGGCAAUAUGUCCAUGUGCGGAUGCGACUGUCAUGGUGGCCUGAAACUGAGCAAGACGGAGAUUUUUAGAAAUAACUUUAACGCAAAACGAGAUGCUUCAAACAAUCUCAAAUCUAAUACUGCCUCAUCUUGUCAAACGCUCAAUCUUUGCUCAACUACAAAUUCUUCCAAUAGCUGCAAUGGCAAUCAUCAUCAUAAUAAUCAUGUCGGACUUGGUAAUGGCAACUCCACCAACAAUAACAACAGCGUCUCGUCCAUUUAUGGAAACAUGUACGGUUCAACCACCACUACCAGCACCACGACGAUGAACAAUAACAGCAGCAGUAACCCUAACGCAGGUCCGGAUGUUCAUAACAACAACAAUCAUCCCAAUACUAAUGGCAUGUCCAUCCUCGGGGUGGGAGUAGAAAACCGGAAAAAUCCUUCAGUCCGGGUCCGUAGGACGCUCUCCUGCUAUGCGAAAAAUCCAUCGAGAAACGACAUUCUCGAAAAUAAUCUCACUUCCUCGAAAGAGUUUACAGGAAGUGUGAAUGUCGUUGCGAAUUGUGGGAAUGGAAAUGUCUCAUAUCAACCCAACUUUACGAAUCCGAUUUGCGAAUUUUCUCCCUACUCGUCACUUUCUUCCAACGAUCUGCUCGGUUUGAGACUGUCAAAUGGCUACAUUGACAAGCGGUAUGCCUCCGUCAGUAACGGAAACGGACAUGGAGGACUAACCACGGUCUUCUUUCAUGACAACCCGGUCGACUGUGGCUGCCCGACAUGCUUUCAGAUGAAACUUACCAUUUUCCAGGCCAACCAGAAGAAGCAACCGAUACCAUCCGUGGUCAACAACAACAACUCCUCGUCAAAUGGAAGCAGUAGCAACAAGGACGAUUCGGGUACGACGACGUCACCAAUUUCUAACAAAACUACCACCAUUGUUAGCAGCAACAAUGCUCUAUCCUACUCGACAACUAGUGCAAACUACUCAUGCAAGACGCAAGAUAGUGAUAUUAUUUCGUGGCCUUUGACUCCUGAAGCCGCAGUAGGAUACUUUGCUUCCCGUUUAACUUCGUGGGAGCUAUCAGAAAUAAGCAAGUAUCCGCAAUCGUGGUAUCUGGGGCAGGAUGCUGUGAGAAAAAUUAGCGGAGAAAAGACCAAUCCUCUAAACGCGGGGUAUGACGAUGAAAACGGCAACUAUCAUAAAGUGACCCGGGAUCAUUUGGCCUACAGGUACGAAAUAUUGGAAGUAAUCGGAAAAGGGUCGUUCGGCCAAGUUAUUAAAGCUAUAGACCACAAAACCCAGAGUCAAGUGGCAAUCAAGAUAAUCCGAAAUAAGAAGCGAUUCCAUGCCCAAGCUCUAGUUGAAGUCAAGAUCUUGGAGCAUUUACGCAAACGGGACCAUGAUAAUACGGUUAUACGAAUGUUUAGUUCCUUUUACUUCCGUAAUCAUCUUUGCAUAGUAUUUGAAUUGAUGUCACUCAACCUGUAUGAACUUAUACGACGAAACCACUACCAAGGUUUUAGCACAGGACUCAUAAGGAAGUUUGCUGUCUCACUCUUGAAAUGUCUUGCCCUUCUCAAGAAGGAAAAUAUCAUCCACUGCGAUCUGAAACCGGAAAACAUUCUUCUACGACGGAGAGGUUCCAGCGCAAUUAAAGUGAUUGAUUUCGGCUCCUCUUGUUUUGUCGAAGAACGUGUUUUCUCCUACAUACAAAGUAGAUUUUAUCGGGCGCCGGAAGUAAUUUUGGGGAUACCUUACACCACCGCUAUCGACGUCUGGAGUUUAGGAUGCGUUCUAGCCGAGCUCUCAACUGGUAGCCCCCUCUAUCCUGGGGAGAGUGAGGUGGAACAACUUGCUUGCAUCAUGGAAACUCUGGGUCUACCAAGCGACGGUUUGAUAACAAUUGCCACGCGCCGGAGACUCUUCUUUGAUUCGCGGAAUCAGCCAAGAUGCAUUCGUAAUAGUAAAGGGAAAAUACGCAGACCCGGAACGAAGGAUCUUUCCACUGCAAUUAAAUCUGAUGAUCUCGAUUUCAUUUCUUUCUUACGAAAAUGUCUGACUUGGGAUCCGCAAGAAAGAUUGACCCCUUCCCAGCUACUGCAAGAACCUUGGAUUUUGGCAAUCCCUGGUUCUACAGACGCCGCAGCGAAUCCAGUCUCCCGGAAACACUACGUAUAAUAACUUCUGUUAGCCUCAAAUUUAAGAGGAUAGGUAGAUCGCAAACUAGGAAGUGUAGCACGGGUUAAGACAAAAAUCCGACUGUUAGUAUGUUUAAGGAAAACACGGGAAGAUAUAGAAAAACAUGGCUCAUGAUAUGAUCUCAGAGAUCUCAUUUGAGGAUAAAACCACUGGAAAUUGAGUACCAAGUCAAAGUUUAAUUAUUACUAGUAUGAAUAUUUUCUAUAGAGUUAUACAUACGCAAAAUUUUUGAAAUUCGUGUUGCAAAACGAUUUCAACAAGCUUAUUACCAUUCAUUGCUUAUUCUCUGUCAUCCUCCGCUCGUGGAGUUCCUUUCUACUUCGUAAAUACAUAGAACACUUUUUACUCUACAUGUACGUAUUCAUUCAGCUUCAUCUGCGUAGUACUUACGUAAUAUUAUGUAUGUACUUAUACAACAACAAAAAACCAAAUUGGGUAACAAAAAAGAAGAGGUUUAACAAAAAGCUCAGGGAUCUUUGGACAGAUUUUGACUUAGACCUUGCCAAUUUUAAAAUGUUUCCUUCUUCUUCUAUUGAAGAAGGAAAGUCAAUCCCAAUUUACCUACAAAUCCUCGCCCGCAAUUUAAAAUAGAAUAGCUUUCAGGGUGAAAGUUGUUAGUUUAUACGGAAAAAAGUCGUAACUUUUUGGUCAUUUUGUACCCUCAAAGAAGGAGAAUAAUAGUAAUAACAAGUCACAAAAAUUAGUAAACAACUUUCACCCUAAUUCUAAGGACUAUAAAUAGAAAGAAAGAUUACAGAUCAUUAAUAUUAUGCCACAAACAAAAUAACGAAGACCUUAAUACCAUUCCUUUGUUUUUAUUCUAUGAUGAAUGAUGAUUUUCUAUAAUUUACAUCAACCAGAUUUCAUAUCGAAGAUGACGAACAACUAAAAGAAUAUUUAUUUUAUUCAGUCGAAGAAAGAAUAAUUAUUUAUUUUAUAGUUUUGCACACAGAUAUUAGACUACCUACGUACAUAAUAGUUUUAACGAUUAUAACGAACAUUCGCAUCCCGAUAUUAUUUUAUACAAACAAAAGAAAUGCGCGUAUCACUAACUGUUCUUGUUGUGAAAGUAGAAAGAAAAUAAAAUAAUUGGAGGUUUUCCUCGUAUAUGUAGCUCCUAUUAUUGUUAUUAUUUGUUACAUAUUAUCGACAGUUGCGAUUUAAUGAUAUCAGAAACAUGACAAUGAUGACGAAAUGAUGAAAUGUGAGCGCUUUGUGAAGAUAUAUUGCUACAUGAAUUAAGCAGAAUCGAUAAUGAAAUUAUAAUGCUUGAUUCACUAAACUGUUAUUUUUAUGUUACCUGUUUUUGCAAACUCGGAUAAUAAUAAUGAACUAUAGAUGUCCAUGCGACUACAUAUUACAUUGUGCUACAGUUUUUUAAAAAAUACAUGAUUUAAUUAUUAUUUUGUUUGUAAACGUCGUGCUGUUUAUGAGGAUGAUUGUUAUCAGCAUUAUUAUAGUUAAAAAAUGUUAAUUCCAGAUGCAACUUUCACCAAACCAAUAAAUGUGAUAAAGUUUGAAAAUUAGA